GCGGCCAGUACGGACCUACCGACCGGAGUAGCUCGGGGAAAACUCCCCUCCCGAAGACACACGCGUGUACGUGAAGUGUACUAUUAACGCGAUCGGCAAUUGUAGCUGUUGGUGGUUUAGUGGCGGUGUUAGUUCCAAAAAAAAAAGCAUAAACAGUUCACAAAACAUAAAAACAAUAAAAUACUAAAAUUUUCCCCAUUUCACGAAAAACGCGUGUCAAACAAAAAAAAAGGUGGGAAGCAAAAGGAAUUUGUCACGCAACCUCCCGUUCGACAACGGUUGGAAAAAUUGUCCCCAUUUGCAGUGUGUACGAGAGUGUGUGUGCACGCGCGCGCGCGGUCGAUUGCAAUUGCCAGUUGUCGUUCGGGUUGAGCUGCUGCCGUUGAUGAGUGUGUGCUGUGAAGAAGUUGCUGGAGCUUACCCCCCGGUGCAGUGAUUACGGCGCGUACAACAGCAGGUGGAAGGCAGAUCAGUGUACCCAGCCCCAGUGACUGCUUGGACGUCCGGUCAAGCAGAGAUUUGAAUGACGAGCAGUGCACGAUAAGGUUGCACGGUUGCACGGUUUCCUGCAGCAGCAGCAACACCACUGCACACCCCCCUAUAACGGAUCGCCUGUACUGACCCAAUGCUGACAACGAAAGCCAAAAUGAAGCUACUAAAAUCGAGUCUGGUCGAGUGCAGCAGUGGUCACCUGGUGGCAGUGCUCUUUACUGUGCUAUUGCCGUUGGUUCGGGCACAGGAUUAUGAUGUGACGGACAUACAGUGCUCGUUCGCCUCGCAAGGCUCCAACCUGGGCGACAUUAUAACGGCAAAGCUGAAGAAACCGAUCGGCUUCAAGGGGGCGCCCCUGUUCGCGGACGACCGGGCCGUGAAUCCGGAAGCCGAUUUUGCCUGCUCCAUCAAGCAAGAUCGUAAAGACGUGAGCGAGCUGGCGUACGAUCUGAAGAUUACCGAUUUCUCACGGUGCGGUGUGCUGAAACGAAAUGGGUUCGUGCACGUCCGUAUCUGGUUCCCGCAGUUUCCAUCGGUGGUAAUGCAAUCCGAUCAGGAACUGAUCAUCAUGUGUAAGCCGCCGGAACCGACCGUUAUCCAGAACAAGGCUGCCGGGUUCGCGGGAAGUUUCCCGCACGGUGCACGCGUUUCGGGCGUGGUAGAGGAAACACCGGGCCGACUGGAGUACGAGGUCGCGCUGUACAAGGAGGCGCCGCCGAUCGCUCGCAUCAGCGGCAAUCUGGCUGGGUUGAAGAACCAUUCGGCCACCUCGCUGCCGGCGGUGACCAACAACGAAGUUCCGGUCGACCAGGCCGUCCCGAUCGGUACGAAGCUGCAGCUGCGGGCCCGCAUCAGCUCCCAGAGCGUGUGGAAGUACGUGAAGCUGAUGGAGGUAACGGUUUCGCCCGAUCCGGACGAUCCGCACGCGCAAGGAUCGGUUUCGCUGGUGCGGGACGGUUGCCGGAACCGGGACUUUGCGUCGAUCAUACCGCACCAGCCGGCCCGGUACCGCGACAAGCCGAACGAGGUGUUUCUGGACUUUGAAGCGUUCCUGCUGAGCUCGAUGAAGGAGCGGAGCACGCUGUGGAUCCAUUCGCAGAUUAAGGCGUGCAUGGACGCGAUGGACUGUCAGCCGGACUUUUGUCUGGAUAUGUACGAACCGUCCAAGAGUGAGUGUUUGAUGAAGAACUCAGCUUUGAAGAAGAUGGGGUGUACUAAACUCCGCAAAAAAACAUCAACGUUGAUCUGUUUUGUAGGACUUGGCAGAAGACGGCGCGAUGAGCAGUCCCGGAACCGUACCGAGUACACCAAGUUUAAGGAAAACAUUGAAUAUACGGUCAUAAUGCCGGGAGAGUACGAUGAUGCGCUGCGCUACCAGCAGAACCCGGAGCAGUGCAAGAAUUUUGUUGUCAUUUCGGGCCUUCUAGCGGCACUGCUGGCUCUUUCCACCGUGAUAACAUGUGGACUGGCAUCGCGCAUGCAAGGCAGCGGCAAGAAGAGCAUCGAUGAGCUAAACGCGAAGGGUUACUCCGGGCGGGCGAUUGUCCAGUAAUUUGCGGCAAGCAUUUUCACUUAAGACACACUUUCACGAAUGCUUCUGUCGCGCAUCUGGAGGACUAACAAAAAAACCACUCGUUACGCACGGUAUGGGACGUCACCAAACGAAAGCUUAAUCAAAGACACGAAUGGAACUCGAGUUGCAAUAUUUAGUAUGAUUACUUCCUUUAGUUUUUGUUUGUCUGUGUUUUUCGCUUCCUCUUCCAACCUUAGCGUUACUUUUGCAAAGUAGUUUUUAGCAUUAUAGAGAGUAGGUGCAGUAGCUGCAUUUCUACUAAAAGAAAGAAAAAAAAAGACAGCACUUGCGAGUAGUUGUUAAUCGAUCGAUUGAUUAAGCCUGAUUUUUAAAAGAACAUUCCUUCACUACACACGGCGGUGAGCAACAAAGAAACUCCGUCCCGUUUUGGGGUGCUUUUGCUUUUUAAAGGUUAGGCUUACCAACGGAACAUCGAACAAAGUAAUUAGUAGUAUUACGACAAACUUAGACUGCAUUUCACGAAUAGUAUUAGAACCGUUUUAUACUACCGAUUAGAGCGAGCUGGUGAGGAGUAUUUAUUAUGCAUUUAAGCGCGCUGAUGUGACACGGAUGAUUUAGUUCUAUUGAAUCAUCCCUUGCAGCGAUACAGGUCGACCGCAAUUGGUUUAAGCUGACGUUUUUGAGCUGCAUGAGAGGCAAAUUGGGCUCUUAGAGGGAAACCGGUAACGAAUCCCUGAAUGAAUCUGUUUUAUGCUAGAAAUAAAAUAAAAACU